AUGCCUCUCACAAAGCCUCGACGGAUCCAGAUCAAGAACAUACGUGUCCUGCGGGCGCCAGAGAUCGGCGCGAAGGGCAACCAGGUCGAGCUCGAGGUCGCUCAGCGCGAAGCUCCGUGCUUCGAGCCGGUAUCAUGGACAAAGGAACCUCAUUUGCGGAAGUUGUACGCCAUGGGCGCAGUGUUGAUGCUGGCGUCGGCGACAACGGGUUAUGAUGGUAUGCUCGUCAACACCUCACAGCAGAUUGAUCGGUGGAAGGAGUUUUUCCCCCGGACGCAAGCGACAGAUCCAAGCCAGCAAUGGGUCGCGGACAGCUGGCUGGGUCUGUUGGUCAACAUGUUCAACAUUGGCAGCAUCAUGAGCUUCUUUGUCACCCCGUACGUUGCCGACCACUAUGGUCGCAAGACGGCUAUUGGCCUGGGGUGCGGAUUCAUGAUCACGGGUGGUUUGGUGACUGGAUGCUGCACUGGUUAUGAGAUGUACGUGGCUGGACGAUUCAUUCUCGGGUUCGGCAACAGCUUAUCACAAAUGGCCUCGCCCUUACUACUCACGGAGAUCUGCCACCCUCAACAUCGUGGUCCAGUCACCGCAGUGUACAACUGCUUAUGGAACGCCGGUGCUCUCAUAGUCGCAUGGAUCGGCUGGGGCACCUCGCAGAUCGACAACGACUGGGCCUGGCGAUCAAUCACCCUCGGCCAGGUUGUCCCAUCGCUCAUCCAGCUGUCCUUCCUGUACUGGAUCCCCGAGAGCCCGCGCUACCUCAUGUCUAAGAAGCGCCACGACGAGGCCAUGGACAUCCUCGCCGAGUACCACGGGGGCGGCAACGAGCUCAACGCCACGGUGCAGUUCGAGUACCGCGAGAUCAAGGAGACGAUGCGCAUGGAGCAGGAGUUUGCCAGCGACGCGGGCUACCUGGACUUCUUCAAGACCCGGGGCAACCGCUGGCGCCUGGCCAUCCUCGUGUCCCUGGGUGUCAUCUCGCAGUACAGCGGCAACGCCAUUUUCUCGAACUAUAUGGAUGCAGUCUACAUUGGAGCUGGCAUCACGGACCAGGAUCGCAAGCUUGCUCUCAGCGGUGGCAAGACCUGCCUCGACUUGAUUGUCACUGUCCUAGCAGCUCUCCACGUCGACUACUUCGGUCGCCGCCCCUUAUUCUUGCUAUCGACAGCCGGCAUGGUGGUGUGCUUCGCCGCCUGGACCGCGUGCGGCGCGGCCUACGAGAACGCGGGCCUGGAGAAGAGCUCGCCCGCAGGGUGGGCGCAGCUCGUCUUCAUCUGGCUCUUUGGCAUCUUCUACGACAUUGGCUUCAGCGGCCUGCUCAUCGCCUACGCGCUGGAGAUCCUGCCCUUCAAGCUCCGCGCCAAGGGCAUGAUGAUCAUGAACGUCACCGUCCAGGCCAUCCUCGCGCUCAGCAACCAGACAAACAAGGUCGCGUGGAACCGGAUGCCUCUACACUGGCACCUGAUGUUGUUCUACACGGCAUGGGACUUCGUCCAGUUCGUCUUCGUCUACUUCUUCUACGUCGAGACCAAGGGUCCCACGCUCGAAGAGAUCGCCCGGAUCUUUGACGGCUUCGACGCAGAGGUUGCUAACAUCAACAUGCGCCAAGUCGAGCGGGACAUUGACGACGCCGAACACCGCAAGCGCCGCAGUCGUUUCGGCGGCGGUGGCGGCUAUGGUGGUGGUGGUGGCGAUGGUGGUGAGACCGGCGGCGGUGGUGGAUGGGGCGGCGUAUCGAGCGUGCACCACCGACACAACCGUCAUCACGACCAGGACGACAAGGCUGAUGAUUUCUUCGAGCUGAACAGUCCCUCGAGUGGGCACGGCCGGAACAGCAGUAACGUUGGUGAUCGUCAACGUGGCAGCGCUGCUGCUCCUCCGCCUACAAAGGAGAGCCGGUUGAGCAGACAUCUCAGCAGCAAGUUUGGCAGCCUGCGGUCUCAUGACAGCUGGCUGCCGCGGAGCAACAGCAACAAGCACGACAACACUCAACACAAUAAUAACAACGACGAGGUCGAGGACAUGGACAACAACGACGACGACGACGACGACCGGAGGAGCAACGCCAGCAGCAGCCAAAAGGGCAACAUCUCGGUGCAAAUCUACAAGACCACCACGACCACCACGACGUACUCCCCCACUGUGGGCGAUCGGGACAGCACCGGCAGUGGUAGUGGCCUUGCAGCUGGGGCGGCGAGAUGGACUCGCGGCAGUGUGGGAAGCUCGGUUGCGGGGAGAGGAGGCGACAGGGGACGCAAGAGCAACAGUCUGCAGGACUACGGAGACUAUCACAUCCAGCAUCCGGGUGGGAAUUUUGUCUGA